AUGUCUGAUGUAGAUAUGGAAUCUGGUUCUGAUGGCUCUGAUAUGGAGGAUCUUGAUGAAUUAAUCGAGAAAACUAAAAAGGAGUUGUUAGAAAACGAUCGUGAUAUUUGUUGCGCUAAUCGAUUGUUAACAUUGUUGAGCAAAAAUGGUGAUUUCGAAGAACUCGCCGAAAAACGGAAGGAGUUUGUUAAGUGGGCACCCCUGACCCCAUUGAAUUGGAUCAACUGGAUCAAAGAUUUCCAGAACCAACAACCGGAGCCAAGUGUAGAGGACGUGGAAAAAAUGUUCGAGGAAGCUAUCUCUGAUGAAAACUUCGUAGAGAUUUGGGCCGAACGAGUGAUGUACGCAAAAAAGUGUGCAGAUGACGAAACCAAAUCAGAAGACUACGCAUUCUGUCGACAGGUCUGCGAAAAAGCUCUCACCGCAAUUGGAAGUCGUUAUGAUUCAGGCGGCCACAUCUGGCUGUUGUUCUUAAAUUAUGAAACGAAUCAUCUUGAAGAUUUCCUGGAAUCACCCGACUUUCAAAGAUUCGCCGAUCAAGUAACCAAUCUAUUCCAACGUGCUCUGCGUUGUCCUACAGAUCAAUUGGAAGAAGUAUUUUCUUUGGCUGAACAGUUCUGUUCUGAAUUCAAUCAAGGAGAUCAACUUCCUGCGCUGAAAAAACAGUACGACGCGACAAUGCGACAGAAAGAGCAAUUGGCCAAGUUUCAGGAAAUGAUCGACAAAAAAGAGACUAAAAGACAAGGAUUGAAACUUUUUUUUGAAUUUGAGAAAAAGAGUGGAAUGCCUACGAGAAUACAGAUGGCUCACGAAAGACUUGUUUCUGAGUUUUCCGACGAUGAAGAUGCAUGGUGUGCCUAUGGUGCAUGGACUGAAAGCUUUCUUAAGUUGCCACAAGUUUCCGUAGAUGUAUACAAACGUGCUCUUCGUCACUGUCCGUACAGUUAUGUUCUUCAUCAACAAGCUCUACUUGCUCUCGAACGAGCUCGUAAACCACAUCAAGAAAUCGAUGAAUUAUGGGAACGGACGAAAAACACCGUGAUAAACGCUGCUGAAGAUGGUCGUGGUCUUUAUCGAACGUAUGCAUUUCUUCUUCGCCGAAGAAUUGCUCUGUCUGGUUCUUCUGAUUACUCUCCAAUGGCCGAAGUGUUUGAUGAAGGAGCAGCAAUUCUCAAGGAAUGGUUUUCAAUGGCUUGGGAUCCAACUGGUGAAUAUCGUCAAAUGCAGGCAUAUUUCUAUGCUUCACUGAUGAAAGAUAUGGAAAAGUGUCGCAAAAUUUGGAAUGACAUUCUCGCGUCUGGAUUCGGAAGAUUUGCUGGGAAAUGGUUGGAAGCUGUGCGCAUCGAACGACAGUUUGGAGAUAACGAGAACGCCAGAAAGUUCCUCAACAAAGCUCUGAACUCUGUAUCAGAUAACAUCAAUGAAAUUUAUUUGUAUUACGUACAGUUUGAGAGAGAAGAAGGAACACUGGCUGAAUUGGAUACAGUUCUCGAAAAGGUGAAUACUCAAGCGGCACAUCGAGCCAGUCGACCUCAAAAGAAGUUACCUGAAAAGGCUGCAGCGCCUCAAAAAGAUCAUAAAGAAGCAGUUCAAAAAAGAAGUGCUGGAGGUGAACCUAUUGUGAAGAAAGUUAAAUCAGCAGAUGGAGGUUUCAAAGCACCUCAUCCUCCGUCUAUGGCCAAAAAACUACCCUCUCCAUCGGGAUCUACAACUGCCACGGCUCCAUCAGGUUCUUUCUCGACUCCAAAAGCUGAACCUGGAACCGAAGAUGCUCGAACUAUUUUUGUGUCUAAUCUUGAUUUCACCACCACAGAAGAUGAUAUUCGACAAGCUAUUGAGGGUGUCUCUUCGAUUCGUUUUGCUCGGAAAGCUCAUACAGAGGAAACUCAUCGUGGAUUUGCUUACGUCGUCAUGGAGAAUGAUGAGAAAGCGAAGAAUGCGUUGCAGAAAGAUAGAGUACCAGUGAAAGGUCGACCAAUGUUUAUCUCAGCAAAUGAUCCUGAAAAGAGAGUUGGAUUCAAAUUUUCUACUGGUCUUGAAAAGUCAAAACUUUUCGUGCGCAAUGUACAUUUCCAAGCAACAGAUGAUGAAAUUCUUGCCUUGUUUUCAAAGUUCGGAACCGUUACAAGUGUCCGCCGGGUCACCCAUCGUGACGGUAAACCAAAAGGUGUUGCAUUUGUCGAUUUCGAGUCUGAAUCGAGUGCUCAAAAAUGUGUCGCAUCUGGUGACAAGUUGAUCCUCCGUGAAAGAGAAAUUGAAGUCGCUAUAUCAAAUCCACCAAGCAAAAAGGAGAAACACGGAAAAGGAGGUUUCCCUAGCAAAAGAGAAGAGGCAAGAGAGGAGGAUGGAGGACCACGUAAAGGACAUGCAGCGAAACUUCAAUUAGUUCCGAGAGCUCUUUCCACCAAAACUCCUCAAAUCACCGCUCGUCUUGAUGCUAUGGAUGUUUCGGAAACUCCAGCUUCAUCUUCAUCUGGCACAUCUUCCUCCUCUUCCACCCCAUUGUCCAACGAUCAGUUCCGUAAAUUGUUUAUGAGAAAUUAG